AUGAGUUUAUGCAUGAAAUUAGAUUUGGUCAACAAAAAUAUCGAUCAAAAAAUCAAAGAAUCAGUAUUCGUUCGAUGUCGCACAAUUAAAUUGGUCAAAGAUAACGCUGCCGUCUCCUUCACAAGGUACCCCUAUUGCCUCAAACAUUUUGAAAGUCUUCCAACCACUACCUUCGCCGUCACCAUCACUUCAGCACUGGUAAAUCAGAAACACAAUAGUAAUCUUCUCCAUUCCUUUUAUAUUCACCCCAAACACAAUGGCCUUCAUCACUAUCAUCAUUUUCUUAGAAGAUGCUACUUCCCAUUGCAAGGUGGAGAAUUAAGAGAAGAAGAGAAGAAGACCAAUAGAUACUUUGUUCUUCCACCCAUCCUGCCAAUCAGGGCAUGAAUCUGAAAAUUUCCAAGAUAAACUGUGUACUUUGGGACUUCUUAAUGAGCAUUCUUCAAAGAUAUAACAUAUAAGUAGUCCUCAUAUACUUUCUAUUGCAUCCUUUUAUUCUUCUGGUGUAAUCAGUUAGUCAUAUUAAAAGAAAAGACAAAUUUAGCCUUUGUAUACCCAAUGUAUCAUGUAUGACUUCUAUAGUUC